UCUCCUUCCCUCUGCAGAGUCUCUCCUCUCACAACACCCUCUGUGACCAUGUCUGUCAGAGCCUUGAAGACCACCACCUACUCCACUACGUCCUCCAGGGGUCCAUCCCAGGGCUUCAGCAGCCGCUCCUUCUCUGGCUACGGUGGACAUGGUGUGAGCAGUGGCAAGCAGAGCUACGCUGUCCGCAGCUCCUAUGGAGGAGUGGGCAGCAGUGGUGCUGCUGUGGGCGGUGGGGGGUUCAAAGUGGUCGGUGGGUAUGCUGCUGGGGUGUCUGGACAAAGAGGAGGGGGAGUAGAGUUUGGGUAUGUGGGCUUCGGUGGAGGUAUGGGAGGUGGCAUGGCCAACGAGGUGAUGGCCCCCAUCACCGCUGUGACCGUGAACAAGAGCCUGCUGGCCCCCGUGAACGUGGAGAUCGACCCCACCAUCCAUGGGAUCCGGACCCAGGAGAAGGAGCAGAUCAAGACCCUCAACAAUCGCUUUGCUACAUUCAUUGACAAGGUACGCUUCUUGGAACAGCAGAACAAAAUGCUCGAGACCAAGUGGAAACUCCUCCAGGAGCAGACCACGACCCGCUCCAACAUCGAUGUCAUGUUCGAAGCUUACAUUGCCAACUUACGCAGGCAGCUGGACAACUUGGGUCACGAAAAACUCAAACUUGAGUCCGACCUGCAGCAGAUGACGGGCAUGGUCGAGGACUUCAAGAACAAGUAUGAGGAUGAGAUCAACAAGCGCAACGACUUUGAGAACAACUUUGUCCUCAUGAAGAAGGACACUGAUGCAGCCUACAUGAUCAAAGUUGAGCUGGAGGCCAAACUGGAUGCGCUCUCUGAUGAGAUUGACUUCAUGAGGCAGAUCUAUGACGCGGAAAUCCAAGAGUUGCAGAGCCAGAUCAAGGACACAUGUGUCGUGGUGGAGAUGGACAACAGCCGUAACCUUGACAUGGAUGCCAUUGUCGCUGAAGUACGCGCCCAGUAUGAAGACAUCGCCAACCGUAGCAGAGCUGAGGCCGAGACAUGGUACCAGACAAAGUAUGCAGAGAUGCAGCAGUCAGCAGGCAAAUACGGUGACGACCUGAAGUCAUCCAAGGCUGAGACUGCUGAAAUGACCCGCUUGAUAAACAGGUUGCAGUCUGAAAUUGACAUGGUUAAAGCACAGCGAAACAGUUUGGAAGCUCAAAUCGCCGAGGCCGAGGAGCGCGGUGAGAUAGCGGUGAAGGACGCCAAGCUCCGCAUCAGAGACCUGGAGGCGGCCCUCCAGAGAGCCAAGCAGGACAUGGCCCUGCAGGUCCGCCAGUACCAGGAGCUGAUGAAUGUGAAGCUGGCUCUGGACAUUGAGAUCGCCACAUACAGGAAACUGCUGGAGGGAGAGGAGGACAGGCUCGCGACUGGAAUCAAGACCACCAUAUCCAAGCAGACUUCCAUGAACUACAACGCCUACGGCCUGGAGAGCUCCCGCACCCCUUCCUACGUCAGCUGCUCCUUCGGUGGGGUCAAGGCCAGCAGCAGCAGCAGUGGCGGCGGCGUCAGCUUCAGCUCUGUCGCUGCUCCCGAGGCAGCAACAGUCAAGAGCGCCACAGUCACCAAGACGGAAACUGUGGUGAUCAAGACCGAGGAGAGGGAGGUGGAGAAGAUAGAGGAGAAGGUAGAGGAGAAGGUGGAGGAGAAGGUAGAGGAGAAGCAGGAGGAAGUGAAGGAGGAGGAGCAGGCAGCCGUGGAGGAGCCGGCCGCUGUGGAGGAGAAGGAGCAGGAGCAAGUGGAGGCCGCAGCCGUGGCUGAGGCUCAGGAGUGAUGCUCUCUCCCCAACUCUUUAUUUUCCAGUUCUUUCCUGAUUCAUUCACCGAGGUGCCUUCACCUGUUAAAAGGUGUAUUUCUACUGUCAGAGCCUUAAUUCAUUAAGACACAAGUAAUGAAGAGAUGCUUAUAGAUGAGUCUUUGUUCACCUUUCUGAAACUACCUUCACUGUUCUUUGCUGUCAACUGUAGUCUAAGUCACUGCAUGUGGGUCUGUGAUCACUGGUGCACCACACUUGUUUGGCCAGCAGGUGGCACUGUUGUAUCAGUUUCCCUCUGCCGCUCCAUCUCGUAGCACGACCACCUCAAAGCACUGCUGUCUCACCAGCCUCAAAUUCUCAAUUGGAAGAUCUUACUGCUGACUGGAGCAGUCUGAAAACAAGCAGCCGUCAUCAUGAUGAACUCCUGCUGUACCUUAACGGUUAAAUAAGAAAACCAGUUACAAAAUGUCUUCACGACUUCUACUUAGUACAGCCUUUUCUUGGUUUGCUACUGUUGGUGACGCCUGAAGUCUUGUUUGCUCAACAAUAAAUCUUUAAAAUGUG